GCUCUCUCUCUCUCUCUCUCUCUAGCUUUCUUCAUUUCUCUCGGAUCGUUGCUCUUCAAGUCUACUCUCGCACAGAUCGCCAUGGAUACAUACACGCUGAAAUCCGUCUCCGAUUUGCCUCCAAAUUUUCGCUCAGCUUUUACUUUCAGAUACUUCAACUCGCUGCAGAGCGAGUGUUUUCCGCUUUGCUUUCACUCCGAUAUCAACAUGGUUAUCUCAGCCCCCACGGGAAGUGGUAAAACCGCACUUUUUGAGCUAUGCAUCUUGAGGCUACUCUCCAAGUCUAUCUCUAGCGAUGGAAGGUUUCUCCAUGCUAAAGGAGCUCUUAAAACAGUUUACAUAUCUCCGUCCAAGGCUUUAGUACAGGAGAAGCUCCGUGAUUGGAAUCAGAAGUUUAAUUCAUGGGGAAUCAGUUGUUUGGAGCUGACUGGUGAUAACGAAACCUACAGCUCAAAGAAUAUACAAGACGCGGAUAUUAUCUUGACCACACCUGAGAAAUUUGAUGCAGUGAGUCGUUACCGCGUUAGCAGUGGAGGCUUAGGUUUUUUCAGCGAUAUAGCACUUGUUCUCAUUGAUGAAGUUCACCUUCUGAAUGAUCCACGAGGAGCUGCUUUGGAGGCGAUAGUCAGUAGAAUAAAGAUUCUUUCUAGCAAUCAUGAACUAAGGUUAAGUACUUUAGCCUCCGUGCGUCUUCUGGCUGUCUCAGCUACAAUCCCAAACAUUGAGGAUCUAGCGGAAUGGCUCAAGGUUCCCACUGCAGGUAUUAAGAGGUUUGGCGAAGAAAUGAGACCUGUUAAGUUGACAACUAAAGUUUUUGGAUAUGCUGCUGCCAAGAAUGAUUUCCUCUUUGAAAAGCGCCUCCAAAACUAUAUAUAUGACAUGUUAAUGCAAUACUCAAAAGGAAAAUCUGCAUUAGUUUUCUGCUCGACAAGAAAGGGCGCUCAGGAGGCUGCACAAAAGCUUGCGCAGACUGCAAUGACCUAUGGCUACUCAAAUCCAUUUGUUAAAAGCAGAGAACAGCUGGAACGAUUAAGGGAGGCUUCGCCAAUGUGCAGUGACAAACAAAUGCAGUCUUAUAUUCUCCAAGGCGUUGGUUAUCACAACGGUGGUCUUUGCCAAAAAGACCGCAGCCUGGUAGAAGGGCUCUUCCUUAGUGGAGAUAUCCAAGUUCUUUGCACGACCAACACUCUUGCUCAUGGAAUCAAUCUGCCUGCACAUACGGUCGUCAUCAAAUCAACUCAACAUUUCAAUAAGGAAAAAGGUCACUACAUGGAAUAUGAUCGUUCCACACUACUACAGAUGUGUGGCAGAGCUGGUCGGCCUCCAUUUGAUGACACGGGACUGGUUAUUAUUAUGACUAGAAGAGAGACGGUCCAUCUAUAUGAGAAUCUCUUGAAUGGAUGCGAGGUUGUUGAAUCACAAUUGCUGCCAUGCUUAAUAGAACACCUAACCGCAGAAAUAGUUCAACUUACUGUCACUGACGUUACACGGGCAAUUGAGUGGAUGAAGUGCUCAUACUUGUACGUCAGAAUGAAAAAGAAUCCAGAGAACUAUGCUAUUAAGAAAGGAAUUCCUAAAGAUCGAGUAGAGAAGCAUUUGCAAGAGCUUUGCCUUCAGAAGAUCAAUGAGUUGUCAAGCUAUCAGAUGAUAUGGACUGACACCGACGGUUUUGUGUUGAAACCAGAAGAGCCCGGAAGGCUGAUGACAAAGUACUAUCUAAAGUUUGACACAAUGAAGUAUAUUAUUAAUGCGCCUACGGGCUACAGCUUGGACGAGGCUCUUCAGAUUGUAUGCCGUGCUGAAGAGAUAUCUUGGAUACAGCUCAGACGCAAUGAGAAGAAGACCUUAAAUGAUGUAAACGCAGAUAAAGAAGGGCGGCUCAGAUUCCACAUCAACGAUAAUAAAGGAAAGCGGAAAAAACGCAUCCAAACCAGAGAAGAGAAACUAUUUGUGCUUGCAAAUGAUUGGUUGACUGGGGAUCCUUCAGUCCAUGAUUUAUCCAUGACUCAGGACGCUAACUCCUUAUGCUCGAAUGGAUCCAGAAUAGCUAGAUGCAUGAAAGAGUACUUUAUAUAUAAAAAGAAUUAUAAAGGAACGAUUAGCUCAACUCUUCUUGCCAAAUCACUCUUUCAAAAGCUCUGGGACGACAGUCCAUAUUUGCUGAAACAAUUGCCUGGCAUUGGAAUGGUUACAGCAAAGGUUCAGUUUCUGUCUGCUCUAUAUAAGCUCGCACUUCAUUCGAUGGGGGUCAGGUCAUUUGAAGCUCUUGCUGAAGCUGAUCCAAGAAGAAUAGAGAUUGUUACCGGUCGAAAAUAUCCUUUUGGAAAUCAUAUCAAGGAAUCUCUAUCUUCCCUACCUCCAAAAGUAGAAAUCAAGGUCGAGGAAGUUGAGUGUCAGAAGCAAGGGGUAUCUAAACUAGCAGUCACAUUGACUCGACUAUCACAACCUCUCGUAUCCACAAAACGCCAUUAUGCUGAUAUGAUUGUUGGCUCAGAGGAAGAAAACCAUAUCCACUUUCAUGAGAAAAUAAGAAUGGAUGACUUCUCCAGUCCCUAUAGCGUCACCAUACUCGUUGAAAGGCCCCAACAGGCUAAGGUGACUGUGAAGGCUGAUCUCAUCUUUGAAGAAUACAUUGGUAUUGAUCUCCAUGAAACACUUCUACUGAAGAAGGCAACCAACAACAAAGUAAAUUACAAAAGCGAAAACAGGCUGCCACACUAUUAUCCUCCCAUGGUGGAUGUCUGCGUAGUAGAUGAUGACAGCCCAGUAAAAUCUGGACCUCCAAACCGAAAGGAUCAAAAAGAUGAUAUGCCUAGUUUCAAGCUCAUAGAUGAAGACUCAGAAGAAGAGAAAGAGCCUUAUGUGACGAUGGAAGAAGACGACUGCGUCAUUCUCAACGAACAUACAGUCUUCGACCACAUACGUCAAAAAGCAAAGUGUUUCCCAUCAUUGGGCACUUUGAAUCCAACCUCUCCGGCAUCAGGGAGGUCAACUCUGAAAAGGAAGAGCUUAGUGAAGAAUUCUCCUGAACUUGAUCCUCUAUUUCAGUAUGAUUCUGUGUUUCGCUCACCCACAAAUACUAAAGACAUCAAACAAACUGCACAGAAAAUCACAACCCCGGUUUAUGCAAGCAAUGGGAAAACAGAGAGACCAUUCUCAGAUGAAACAGUAUUCAACUACAUAAGGAAAAGGUCCAAGAACUCUCCCAUACUCGCCACAUCAACAAUUGAGGAUCAUAUAACCAUCUCUUCUCAAGAACGAAGAAACACAAAGACAAGUCCCUAUACAUCAUACGGGUCAUUGCCUAGUGUUUCUGCUAAAAUACCAAGCAUCAAAUCUGACGCACCUGCAGAAAUGCUGUCGUUUGAUAUCUCAAUGGCAAAUAGUAGCAACACCAACUUAGAGGAGAAGAAGAAAGGAUCCUGCUCCCAACUUGCAGGUAAGUCCAAUGGUUCUGAUCCUUUUCUUGGAUUUAAAAGCAUCUUCUCUUUUCUGUGACUUUCUCAUUUGCAUGUCAAUACAAAACUGAGUGUUAUUGAGU